CUCUCUCUACUUUAAUAAUGUAUGGACUCCUCCUGGACAGUAUUCAGAAGUUCCUUCGUGAGAAGUACGGUGAACAUUACUGGAUCGUAAUAAGGAGACGUGCUAAGCUCACUAAUCACUGGUUUGUCACUCAUGAAGUUUACAGCGACUCAGUGAUGAGCGAUCUUGUCGAUGCUGCUGCUGCAACUCUAGGCGAACCACGGGACAUGGUCAUGAAGAUGUUUGGCGAAUACUUUGUGCAGACAAUUGGGAGAUACGGGUAUGCCCGCCUCCUACGUGUCCUCGGCCGAGACAUGAGGGACUUCUUAAAUGGGCUGGAUGACCUUCACGAGUACCUUCGUUUCAGUUACCCUAAAAUGCGUCCUCCGUCCUUCUUCUGUGAGAAUGAAACCCCUGAUGGUAUGAUCAUGCAUUACACGACUAAGAGACGAGGGUACUUACCCUACGUCACCGGACAGCUCUGUGCCGUUGGAAAGAUCUACCAGAAAGACCUCAAUAUCGAGAUACUCAAGGAGAACUACACGGACCAAGGAGUCCAUGUUGUUCUGGAAUUGAAUUUCGAUAACAGGGAGUUUUAUAAGUCUCGUCGUCCGAGCAUAGUAGCGGAUAGUUUUCACUUGACGGGCACUGCCUUUAUCUCAAUAUUCCCUUUCUGUAUUGUGUUUGAUAGAGAACUGACUAUCAUUACGGUUGGGACAAAGAUGGACGACGUUCUUCCUGAUUUAAAGGGGCGGAGGCUCGACCACGCCUUCGCUCACAGGAAACCGAGGAGUAUUAUCUUAACUUGGGACUCGAUCCUAAUGCACACUAAUUGCAGUUUUGAGCUGAUAUCAAUGGAGCCUGUAAUGCGUCCUCAUGCAAAAGGAACUCAAAGUCCCAGUAUGCAAUACAUUGACGCACCUCCUAACCUCAGGCUCAAGGGACAGAUGAUGCUCACACCUUCAAGAGACUUCAUAAUGUUCCUAUGCUCACCAGUGAUGGAUAGUCCGGAAGAUUUAUAUCAAAGUGGUAUUUUUAUAAAUGACCUUGCUAUGCAUGACUGUACACGAGAGUAUAUACUGGCAGGAUCUCAGCAGAACCCUGAACUGAACCUUGCACUCGAUCAGGAGAAGAUACGAACUAAGCAGCUGGAGGACAGUAUUCAAAAAACAGACGAAUUGAUAUAUCAAAUGAUUCCAAAACAAAUAGCAGACAAGCUAAGGAAUGGAGAAACACCUUUGAACACAUGCAAAGUAUUUUCAAGUGUCAGUAUAUUGUUUAGUGAUAUUGUGAGCUUUACUCCGAUGUGUGCUAGACUCCGCCCAAUGGAAGUCGUUAGUUUAUUGAAUGCAAUGUAUGUGGCAUUUGAUAAUCUUUGUGAGGUCCACCAUGUUUAUAAGGUUCAAACGAUAGGCGAUGCUUACAUGGCGUUGGCAGGUGCUCCAGUGACCACGCCCCAUCAUGCUGAGUACAUGACAGAUUUUGCAUUCUCCAUCAUUGAAGCUAUUGGGAAGAUAAAUGAUCCAUCGACACACGAAUCACUGAAAAUAAGAGUUGGUAUUCACAGUGGUACUGUUGUAGCAGGCGUCGUUGGCUCUAAGAUAUUCAGAUAUGACGUUUUUGGCGACACAGUGAAUACAGCUGCUAGAAUGGAGGCAACCGGGAUUCCAAUGAAGAUACACAUAAGUAAAGCAACUGCUGAUCACUUGGAAGGAACAGACUUUAUAGUACAAGAGAGAGGAGAAGUUGAGCUAAAGGGUAAAGGUAUGAUGAAGACGUACUGGGUUUUAUCAAAGAAGCGAACUAACGGAGACAAUCAAUCCCUCAAUCCACUUCAGAAAAAGAAGCUUUCCUUGCCACAAAAGAAAGGUUCCAUUUCUCCGUCUGAAAUCGACGAGAUUUUCGAGAGACCUUCGAACCGACCUUUAGGGUCUCCUCCAUUGCCGUGCUUCAGAGAGACCCAAGGUUCUCAUAGAAACAGUCUUGUACCAACUAGAGGCGGGACUCCACGUAAUUCAGUAUCACCCAAACCUGAAGAAUGGCCCGAGAUGGAACGACUAAUAAAUGGAAUGAAAGAAGAAGACGACGACUCGACUUUGAUAAAUGAUCUACCUCCUUUUCCUCGCACAACAUCAAGUGCAAGAUACUCCAUUAUCUCUCUAUUACCGAAUCUCCUUCAGCCGAGAGACAGCAUCAUACAAAUGCAGAUUAGAGAAGGAAGGAAUAGUAUUACUUCAUAUCCGAUCGACUUUGAUAAGAACACUAACGAGCCUUCAGAAGUGGUCGAUUCCACCCCUCCUGCUUCUGGGAACAUUUCAACCUUGAAGGAUUUUGAGAGACUAGCCGAAGAGACCGCACAAAACUCACGCAAACUAGCAAACUGGUCGCAUUACGUAGCAUCAAUUGUAGACCAGCAACAAGUAGUGGUAGAAUUAGAUGAUACUACUACUGAUUUAAAGCAAAAUUCUGAUCACCAGGCAACCACCAUCACUACAAGUCAGUUUGGGCCUGACUAUAUUGGAUCAUCAGUUGAUCCUGAGGAUUUUGAUACCCCAAUUGAAAAUGGAAAAGAAACUUGCCCCAUUAAUAAUAUUACAAGUAGAAGAUCCACUUUGGACCACAAUCAAUCAGCAGAGGAUAAUGUAAAUCAAACUAGUUGCAAUAUCAUUUAAAAUAUUAUUUUUGUACAGUAUUUUAUUAUCAUUAA